AUGAAUCAAUCUAUCGAUACUGGCGACGACCCCGCGUGGAUCUAUCAAGAGGACUUUCGACGGCCGCGCUUUGUUGGAGACCCUCUACACCACCGCGAGAUUAUAUCUCAACUGCGAGAGGUCUUAGUGCUCACCCGUGGUCACCGGCAAAAGAGAUGGGGAUUCGCCAUUGUACGCACAUCGUAUGGUCCUGGGUCAGAUGAACAGAUGCAAUACGCCCUCGCUCUAAUCCGCAGUACGGCGCAAGUAUUCACCGAUACGGAGGCCAUCUCUGUAAAGCACAUACUGGAGGAGCAUAAAAGUAGCCAACCUUUCGAGCUCGCGGACCUAUCUCUAGAGUUUGAUACACGGCCCAACCAGGAGAUACUGAGCCGCUUCGAGAACGAUGUACUGGAAGAUGCAGCGCUAGAGGACGCCUCGGUUGCCACGGUCUGCGAGUAUUUCGCGGAUUGGAUUGCGACUAACGAUGGCCCUUCCAAUACCGGUGACAUUCGGUUCAUUUCCUGCAUUAUGCUCGACACCGAGACGCUGGCUCAACUUGCUACGGUGCCGGGUGACUUCCCUGAAACUGGAACCACGAGCUUCGGGUCGCCAUACUGGGUGAAGGUGGUUGAAGUAAAGCCACAGCCCGAGGAGGCUUUCCGGGUAUACCUCUUUGGGGAGUUUGGUCUGGCUCAAUAUUGGUUUGAUCUGAAUCAUAGCCGGCGGUCAGCUAUGGAGUUAACUCAUAACAAAGACCCCGAGAACCCUGGAAUCCGCUACUUUGGGUAUCUACCAACUAAUGUUGGGUACCUACCAUACACUCAGCUUCCCGGACCCGUUGAGAUUUUACAGUAG